AUGCCUCGCCCUUCAUACAUGAAGCCAUAUCCAGAUUGGAUCGACAAAUUGUACCCUUUCCCAAGGGGAUACAAGGUUCCAGAAUUCAGCCUCUUCUCUGGAGAAGAGCGAGGACAAUCGACGAUUGAGCACGUUGCUCGGUUCUUGGCCCAAUGCGACGAAGCAGCAGCUCAUGACUUCUGGAAACUCAGGUUGUUCGUAAGUUCAUUGACGAAAAUGGCUUUCACCUGGUAUUCAAGGUUAACACCGAAAUCUAUUGAGACCUGGAAGGAUUUGGAAAUCCUCUUCCACGAGGAGUUUUACAGGGCACCUCUUGAUGUCACCCUCGCUGACUUAGCUCGUAUAUCCCAGCUACCAAGUAAAUCAGCGGAGAAGUACAUCGACCGAUUCAUAAACCUAAGAAGAAGGUGUUCAACAAAGAUGUCUGAGGCCGAUUGCGUUCUAAUGGUGGUUAGAGGAAUGAGCUUCGCCAUGAGGGAACAUUUCGAAGGUCACCGAUUCUGGGACCUAUUUGAAUUGACGAAUAGAGUGAAGAGCUAUGAAAGCUUCUCGAGGAAAAAGAGUAGAGGCGAGGAGCUUCCAAAGAUCACCCUCAGUGAAGGCCACGUGAUCCCACCGCCAGAAAAAAUGGUCGGAAAGGAUUACUACAAAUACCACAACUCUUGGAGGCACAGUACGGACAACUGCGUAAAUUUCAGGAACGUAAUCCAGAAGGCGAUAAAUGAGGGAGAACUCUUGUUCCCGGCCAAGAAGGAGGCUGACGCAAAGUACAUCCAGAGUAAGUGGAGCCCCAGAAAACCUAAACUCAAGGUAGAGACGGAUGGGUCUAAGUGGCAAGCGGAAAAGGGGCGACCUCAACAGCAAAAGAGGAAACGUAAUAGUUCUCCCACAGCAGAAGUCACGUGUCCAUCAUGCAGUACUUGUUUCGCCGCCAAGAGGGCCGAGAAAGUAAGGGAACCCCCCAAGACAUUCAAGCCCAAGUCGCCUACUGAGCAGUGA